UUGCUCUCCACUACAAUUCUUACUUGUUGUCCCAUCAUCAUCAACCAGGCAUCUUAUCAUUUCGAAAUCCGUCACCAGUCUUUCGUUACACGCUCGUUCUUGUCACUACAGUGCUCACGAUGAAGGGUGCUUUGUUGACGGCAGCUAUGCUGCUUGGCUCGGCUCAGGCCGGAGUACACACGAUGAAGCUCAAGAAGGUUCCACUUGCGGAGCAGCUUGAGUCGGUUCCCAUCGACGUGCAGGUGCAGCACCUCGGACAAAAGUACACUGGUCUCAGGACCGAGUCCCAUACCCAGGCUAUGUUCAAGGCCACCGAUGCUCAGGUUUCCGGCAACCACCCGGUUCCCAUCACCAACUUUAUGAACGCUCAGUACUUCUCCGAGAUCACCAUCGGAACGCCACCCCAGACCUUCAAGGUAGUUCUGGAUACCGGCAGCUCCAACCUUUGGGUUCCCUCUUCCCAGUGCGGCUCCAUCGCCUGCUAUCUGCACAACAAGUACGAGUCUUCCGAGUCGUCGACAUACAAGAAGAACGGAACGAGCUUCAAGAUUGAGUACGGCUCUGGUAGUCUCAGCGGCUUCGUCUCUCAGGACAGAAUGACGAUUGGUGACAUUACCAUCAAUGACCAGCUUUUUGCCGAAGCGACCAGCGAGCCCGGCCUGGCUUUCGCCUUUGGUCGCUUUGAUGGCAUCCUCGGCCUCGGUUACGACCGGAUUGCUGUGAAUGGCAUCACCCCUCCCUUCUACAAGAUGGUUGAGCAGAAGCUCGUUGAUGAGCCCGUCUUCUCCUUCUACCUCGCCGACCAGGAUGGCGAGUCCGAGGUUGUGUUUGGCGGUGUCAACAAGGACAGGUACACUGGCAAGAUCACUACGAUUCCUCUUCGCCGCAAGGCCUACUGGGAGGUGGACUUUGAUGCUAUCGGUUAUGGCAAGGACUUUGCGGAACUUGAGGGCCACGGUGUUAUCCUCGACACCGGCACCUCUCUUAUCGCUCUCCCCAGCCAGCUCGCUGAGAUGCUGAACGCUCAGAUCGGCGCCAAGAAGAGCUGGAACGGUCAGUUCACCAUCGACUGCGGCAAGAAGUCGAGCCUCGAGGAUGUAACCUUUACGCUUGCUGGCUACAACUUCACCCUCGGUCCCGAGGACUACAUUCUGGAGGCUUCUGGCAGCUGCCUGUCGACCUUCAUGGGUAUGGAUAUGCCCGCCCCAGUUGGUCCCUUGGCCAUCCUUGGAGAUGCUUUCCUCCGCAAGUACUACUCAAUCUACGACCUCGGCGCCGAUACUGUCGGCAUCGCCACCGCCAAGCGCUAAAUAGCCUUGAGAACGAAGUUUGGGUAACCUGUACUUGGAGAGCAGGAGUUGAUGAGACUGUCACGUUGAUCAAGUAGUUCUUAAUGACUGUAUGAUGAUGGGAGGGCGCUGCGGCAUUGGGUUUGUUUUCUUUUUUGCAGUAUAAUAGCAGUAUCGGUAUCUAGGAUCAAUGGCUCAUUGAAGUCAGCUUGCGUCAACAAGACAUAUUGGAACUGAAUUAUUUUAA